UCGUGAAUUUAAGGUCUCAUUCAAAUUUGUUGCUAAACCUGACAUACAUCAUCUUCAAGAAUUCAUGCGUGGUAGGCAACUUGAUACCUCACAAGAAACUAUACAAGUUCUUGAUGUGGUUUUUAGGGCAACACUGUCGAUGAAUAAUGCAGUUGUGGGAAGGUCAUUCUUCUCUCCAAGCUUUGGUGUAGGUGACCUUGGAAAUGGAUUUAAAUAUUGGAAAGGAUUCUAUCAAAGUCUUCGUCCUAUUCAGAUGGGCCUCUCCCUUAAUAUUGAUAUGUCAGCCAGAGCAUUCUACGAACCCAUUCUUGUUACUGACUUUGUUGCAAAGUAUUUCAAUGUUAAGGAUAUGAUAAGGCCUCUAUCCGAUCAAGAAUGUCUUAAGGUCAAGAGAGCUCUCAGAGGCAUUAAGGUUGAACUUGCUCACAGGAAGCAUGUUCAGUGCCGUAGAAUUUCAGGCUUGUCAGUUCAACCAACCAAUCAGUUAACACAUGUAGACCAGUGAAGACUACAAGUUUAAUGCUAAGACAUGAUUUUUGGAUAUAUGUUAGUUUGUGGUUAAUGUUAAAAUAUGAUUUUUAGAUUUUGUAUAUGUUAAUUUUGUGGAU